GCGUUUCAGUGCUUCCUCGACAACGAGCAAGCAGAUGAGUGCGGAGACGCUGUCCAACACAUUUGACGACUUGACGGAAGUGAUUCACGAGAUGGGAUCGCCUGAACGGAUGGAGGUACCUGUGCUUCCCUCUGUCGAUGGCGUUGCCGUCCUUCCCUCUGCCGACGAUAACGCUAUCCGGGCCCCAGUCGCAGCCCACACCGACGAAACGACCCCCGUCGACCUACCGCCACCCGCGCCGACUGCAACGACCGUGUCCAAACUCUUCAAGGUGGCGUCGUCGUCUGUGUCUACGAGACAAAUUCGUAAACCUCUUGGCAAACAGCAGCAGCAGUCCACCGAAGUCAUCGCGUCCAAAGUCAACACGACACCGCCAGUCACGUCGCGACUGGCCCGUCCGUCGUCGCUGCCAAAGGCCCCAUCUACGGCAGAGAUCAAGGUGAAGCCAGCGUUCUUCCUCGCGCGCCUCCCUCGCGCCAUCUACGCGCCGCUGUUUUCAUACUUUCCCAUCGACUCGCUCAAGAGUUUGUCGGAAGUCAGUCCGGAAAUGUACCACAUGGUCAACUCGAACUACGCCCACUGGUCCUCCACCCUCCGCCAGCCUGACGACCCCACGUCCGACACGCUCUUGGCAGACGCGAUGGUCAAAAUCCAAGCCGCCCGCGCCGCCGCGCGCGACGCGCUCGUCGGACUCGGCGACGUGCCCGCGUUGAUCAAAGUCGAGGACCUCCGCGUCCUGCGCACGUAUCGGAACCCCCCGCCGGCAGUGCUGCGUCUGUCCAAAGCGCUCGUCCAGUUGCUUCGGUUCAGUCCCCCCAAAGGCGCCGGGGUCGACGCGCGCGCCGCGGCCGGCGACUGGGGCGUGAUCAAGACGCAGUUUCUCGACCUCAAGACUAUCAUCCGUGCGCUCAAGACCGCGGCGGACGCCGUCGUCCAUGUGCCGCUCUCGGUCGCCCGCAGCCACUUGGAUGAGAUCGUCGCGGUCGCCUGCGGACCCGACCUGGACGAAAUCAAGUUCAAGCGCGUGUGUGCAGCGUUGGUGCCGACGUUGACCGUGACACGAAAGAUCGCGGCGGCGAUCAACGUGGAGCUACGGGCGCUGGAUGUGACACUGUUGUACAAGCGCCGCGCCACCGUAUCGCAUGCGGACGUCGGGGAGAUCGUGGCCAAGUUGACGACGGACCACGCGCAGCCGGAAGCCAGCCCCGCGACCAGUCCGACCCACGCUAAAGCCAAGCGAAUUGUACCCAAGUCCACAGUGGUGCUCAAAGUCGGAACCGCCAAGGCGGUGGCGGCGGCUGCUACGCCGGACAAAGCCCCCGCGCUGGUCCGGAAAACCACCCCCCGCCCCGUGAGUGCCGCCCCACGCCCCCGGCUGCAUGUUGUCGCUUCCCCUGCCACCAUCGCAGAGCACGCCGCGUCGUCGUCGUCUAACACGUCGACUCCCCGAGCCUCCUUGUCGUCCGCGCGAGGCACGACGACAACGACGACAACCAAGAGAUCGGCAGUGGACCUUGGCAAGCCGGCUGUUGUUGCUUCGACCGUGAAGAAAGCCGCCGCGACUACCUUGGCCGCCGAUGCUCCGUCCUCCUCUGAACCCCACGUGCCAAAGCGAACGCCGCUGUCGGCACGGGCGUUGCCGUCGAGGACGUCGGCACUGGCCAAGCGGACCAGUACGUUAAACCCUGCCGACGGAAGCAGUGGAGUGAAAAAAGCAGUAUCUGCGACACCGUCUCCCGCCACGUCGUCGAUGGCGUCGCUGCGGGCGGACCUUGAGGCCGCGGCCAAAGAACUGCAAAGCCAGGCCGCCGCCUUGGCCACCCAAACCGCCCACGCGGCAGCCCUCGCACAAACCAAGGGGGAGCUGGAGAGCCAAUUGAAGCAGGCACAGGACGACCUCGCCGACGUCAAAGUGCAGUGGGGAUUGAGCCAGAACCAAGUGCAAACUCAGCUCGCGACGCUGCUCGAAGUCAAGUGUGUGCAGGAAACGCUGCAGUUCCGUCUGAGUGAAUUGGCCGCCGUGGACGCGGCGAGGUCGGCGGAACUGGAUGCGCUGGCCCUGGAAAAGGAGCAACUGCAGCUCGAAGUCCGGACGGCGCACGCCCUCGCGACCCAAAGCCGCGCGGACGCAGACGAGAAGGCGCACGUGUUAGAAUGUGCUGAGUCUACAUAUGCCCAACGCGAAGCGGACUUGCGAGAGAGCCUCCGCGCCGCCGCGGACGCCGAUCGAGCGGCAUUGGUGCGCGAAAUGGACGAGCUGAAGGUUGCGAUGGCCACGUUGCAAGCUGAACAUCAUGCGGAGCUCGAAAGUACGUAAAUACAACACGAUCGUCGGUAGUAAAGGCGACGACGACGACGACGACUGCUGCUGCUGUCGUCUGGGGGAUGACGUAGUUGCUGUCCAAGCUUGGCCAAGAUAUAUAUAUUCCGCAUAUAUAUAUACAUAUAUAUAUAGAAUGAUGACCAUGAAAUGUGUGGUCGUUAAUCAGAUGUAGACUCAUAUCAACAUGAUAUAUAUCAUGGUUUGUAGUUAAACAACGACGACUGGACCAAGUCAUGGACGAAAAGACCCACCUUGGCGCGUCGCUGGCCCAACAUAACCGGUUUGUAACGGCCGUGCAAGCGGAGAAAGCAAACUUGGUGUCGAGCUUACAAGCGGCGCAGUCGACCACGUACAGUUUGGGCCAGACGGUGGUCCAGUUGCAGGACGACCUGGCGCGGGAGAAGAAGCGCGUGGCCGCCGCCGAAGUCGCGUAUGAAGAGUCUCUGCGAUGGCAUGAGGCGCAAAAAGGCCUGGAAGAGUCGUACAGUAGUAGUACCGGUAGUAGUAGUGGUAGGAUUAGCGUCGAGCAGCAGCCUUAAGGUGUGUACUGUAUAGUACAGUACGUAAACCGUUGAAACGGGGACUGUAUAUAAUAGCUAGAGUACAGUAGUACUAGUAGUACUAGUAGU